AUGGCUCACCUUCUCCACACCUCCUUCAUCCCUUCCUCCCCCUCCCUCCGCCGCGCCCCCGUUCCCCACCGCAAAACGACGUCUCCCCUCGUCGUUCGGGCCAAGAUCCGGGAGAUUUUCAUGCCGGCACUCAGCUCCACCAUGACGGAGGGAAAAAUCGUCUCCUGGACCAAAUCCGAGGGCGACAAGCUCUCCAAGGGCGACAGCGUUGUUGUCGUAGAGUCUGACAAAGCCGACAUGGACGUCGAGACCUUCUACGACGGCUACCUCGCCGCCAUCGUCGUCGAGGAAGGCGCCGUCGCCGCCGUUGGAUCCCCCAUCGCAUUCCUCGCCGAGACCGAGGACGAGAUUCCUCAAGCCAAGUCCAAAGCCUCCUCUUCCGCAUCCGCACCUGCACCUUCGCCAGCACCAGCACCAGCACCAGCACCGCCUGUGGAGUCUCAAUCGGAAAAGGUUGCCGCGCCAGUCGCGGCAGCGGUUCCGGCUCCGGUUGUAAUGUCCAGUCAUCCUGCUUCGGAAGGAGGGAAGAGGAUUGUUGCGUCACCUUAUGCGAAGAAGCUCGCCAAGGAUUUGAAGGUGGAGUUGGGGAGGAUCGUGGGGACCGGACCGAUGGGGAGGAUUGUGGCUAAAGAUGUCGAGGCAUUUGCAGCAGCAGCGCCGCCAGCACCAGGGAAGAGUGCAGUGCCUGCCGGGGUGGAAUUGGGAUCUGUAGUGCCUUUCACUACAAUGCAGAGUGCUGUGAGUAGAAACAUGGUGGAGAGUUUGGCGGUUCCCACUUUCAGAGUUGGUUACACCAUCACCACGGACGCACUUGAUGCCUUGUACAAGAAGAUCAAGUCAAAGGGAGUUACUAUGACAGCAUUGCUUGCCAAGGCUACUGCUCUUGCACUGGUCAAACACCCUGUUAUCAACUCGAGUUGUAGAGAUGGUAAUAGCUUUACAUAUAAUAGCAGCAUCAAUGUUGCAGUUGCUGUGGCUACAGAUGGCGGAUUGAUUACACCAGUGCUUCAGAAUGCUGAUAAGGUUGAUGUCUAUUCAUUGUCAAGAAAGUGGAAGGAGUUGGUCGAUAAGGCCAGGGCCAAGCAGCUGCAACCUCAUGAAUACAACACUGGUACAUUCACUCUUUCCAAUCUGGGAAUGUUUGGUGUUGAUCGCUUUGAUGCUAUUCUGCCACCUGGAACUGGAGCAAUAAUGGCUGUUGGAGCAUCACAGCCAACUGUUGUCGCUACCAAGGAUGGUCGCAUUGGCAUGAAGAAUCAAAUGCAGGUCAAUCUUACAGCUGAUCAUCGAGUCAUCUAUGGCGCUGAUUUGGCUUCGUUCUUGCAAACACUUUCACAGAUUAUCGAGGACCCCAAAGAUCUUACUUUUUAG